AUGGCACAUCAGAGGCUUCCCUUUCUCUAUCCGAACCUCCUGCGGUCUGUACGAGCAUGCGAGCCAACUACCUAUCGAUCGAUUCGUUGUCCAGCGCAGAGAACCCAUUCCGCGGGGCUACACUCAAGCCGCGCAUGUGAACAAGACACCCGCUUUCAAAAGCGUUAUGGCCCGGCUGUAGAACCACGACUGCGACCCUCUGAACCCGCCGCGGAUGGCGCAGGGUCUGAUCAACGUCCGACUUCAAAAGAAGAUGCAGAGCAGAGAGAAGCACAGGUGGAUAAAGCUGCUGGCGACACCUCAAAAACGCCCCCUAAGCAAAGCGCAUCUGAUACCGGAGCUCAGCCAUCCGAUAAGGCCCAUCCUAAAGAUGCGGCCGCCGGGUUAGCUUCAGAAAAGGGCCAUGAUGGGAGUGUUGAACACAGUGAACCGCCUGGCCUAAUUGAGAUCGGAUCUGGCGGUAGCGUUGGCGAUACUCCAUCACAGAACGACCUAGGCUCUGUGUACAAAAUGUCAGGAUCUGAAUCCCAAAAGGAUACGGACCACCCCCAAGCCAAUGCAAUGGAGCCUUAUAUUCACGUCCAUGGGCACAAGCCUCCGCCUAGUCCAAACCCUUACGUCCAUCAUUUCGAUACCUAUACUCUAGUGAAGGACUUGAGUAAAGGCGGCUUCACAGAAGAACAAUCAAUCUCAAUAGCCAAGUCGAUCCACGAAUUACUGGCGGUAAAUCUUGAGACUACCCGCGGGAGGCUCAUAUCCAAGUCUGACUUCGAGAACGAGAUUUAUCUUUUCCGAGCGGCAUGCUCUGAACUACAAAACUCUAUUCAAACAUCCCGGAAUACCGAAAUACAAUCUCAACGCACCCGACGUGCUCUGAUACAACAUGAGUUGGAUAUCUUGACCCAGCGCCUGACACAGGACCUGGCUGGUUUAAAGGAUGACUUGAAAGAAAUGUUCAACAACCAGAAAAUUUCAACCAGGGAACUACAGCGGUCAAUUGACACGGAAAUUCAAGAAUUGAACUAUCAGAUCACGGUAUCUCUUAAUAGUGAUGGAAAGAGCGAAGUGGAAGGGCUUAGAUGGGUUCUUACUCGCAGGGCCGUCAUCGCCAUUGCUACUAGCGCCAGCAUGAUCAUACUUGCUCUAAGAUACCAGUCCUACAAGGUUCAGCAACAUGAGGCUGCGAAGAAAGCUGCUGCCGAAUCUGAAGAGGUUGCCAUUGGUGACAUUGUUCAAGUCACGAAACAGUAA